AUGGCUCCCGUAGUCAACAGUAGUGCACUGACCACUGGUCUUGUGAAAGCUGCCAGCUUGCCUAGCCGUGCUUAUGUAACGUUUUUGGCCGGAAACGGUGAUUACGUUAAGGGCGUUGUUGGGCUGGCCAAAGGGUUGAGGAAGAUGAAAUCCGCUUACCCUUUGGUGGUGGCUUGUUUGCCGGACGUCCCGGAGGAGCACCGGGCUAUUCUGGUGAAUCAGGGCUGUAUAGUCCGUGAAAUUGAGCCUGUGUACCCUCCUGAGAAUCAAACUCAGUUUGCCAUGGCUUAUUACGUCAUCAACUACUCCAAGCUUCGUAUCUGGGAGUUUGUGGAGUACAGCAAGAUGAUUUACUUGGAUGGAGAUAUACAAGUGUAUGAGAACAUAGAUCAUCUCUUUGACUUGCCGGACGGUUACUUCUACGCCGUGAUGGACUGUUUCUGCGAGAAGACAUGGAGUCAUACUCCCCAGUACAAAAUUGGGUACUGCCAGCAGUGCCCUGACAAAGUCCAGUGGCCGGAGGAAUUGGGCCCCAAGCCACCACUUUACUUCAACGCCGGCAUGUUCGUGUUUGAGCCGAGCCUCCCUGUUUACGACGAUCUCUUGAGCACUCUCAAAAUCACUCCUCCUACGCCUUUCGCCGAACAGGACUUCCUGAACAUGUUCUUCAGGGACAUUUACAAGCCAAUUCCACCGAUUUACAACUUGGUUCUGGCCAUGCUCUGGCGCCACCCUGAGAACAUCGAGCUUGAGAAAGUGAAGGUGGUUCAUUACUGUGCUGCCGGAUCAAAGCCGUGGAGGUAUACCGGCAAGGAAGAGAACAUGGACCGGGAAGACAUCAAGAUGUUGGUCAAGAAAUGGUGGGACAUUUACAACGAUGAGUCGUUGGAUUACAAGAGCACCUUCACCGCAGCUACUCCCGUACCGGCCAGCAAUCCGGUGGCAGUUGGAUCUGAGGCCGAGGCUAAGAGGAUCAAAGUCCGACCAGCUCGCUAUAUCGCUGCUCCAUCUGCUGCUUAA